GCGUAGUUGACCAAAACCCCCAAGUGCUCGUUUCUCUCCUAACGUCCCGUCAUAUAAAACUUACCUUUCGCCCAUAGCUGCUGGCGGCUAGACACAAUCGUCGAAGGCCGAUUAGAAUAACUGAAAAUCAAGAAAGAAGCGAAGAAGAGCGGAUCUUAUACGAGCCUUCUCAUUUUAUUAUUAUUGAUUAUUAUUAUCUAUUAUUAUUUAUCAUUUUUAUCAUUGCUUUUAUUAGCAUUAUUCACUCAUUAAAGACAUUCAUUCAUCUCGUCAACAUCGCAGAGAUCGUAGUCAUUUCGAAAAUAUACAAGAAUUUGAACUUGUCUUCUAGAAGAAAACCAGGUUAUCAGGUUAUAAAACAAUUACAAUCACACCAAGAUCGUCACCAGACUGACUGCCUGAAUCACCACAUUUCAUCACCUCGACCCGUCUUCUCACCCACCCUAUCAAGCCAGGCACCUACCACGACAACCCAAACCACUCACCACUCACCACUCACCUCUCACACCCCCCAAUGGAGAACCAAACGCAAAACCAGCCUGCCCCCGCCCUCGGGCACCGCCGCGCAGCCCAAAACGCCGCCUUCCGGGAAAAACUGCGGCAGAUGGCCCUUCCUCUAGCCCCCCUAGUCCAGCUGACCACCGGCGAGAUCCACCAGUCGUUCCCGCUCACGCUCCUCAACUUCUGGCUGCUGACGGACGCCGAACUCGAAGAGCUAGCACACUUCUACCACCAGCGGACCCCCUGCCAGUGGACCUUCCACUACCCGUGCCCCAUCGUCUGGGCCUCGGACAUGUCGCUGGAGGAGAAGCGGCGCCGCAUCGGCCGCUUCAUCGGCCUGCGCGGGUGCGAGACGCCCACGGUGGCAGCGGCGAAUGGCGGCACCGCGGCCGCCCCGGCUAGGAGUUUGAGCGAGGAGGAGAUUCUCGACCAGGCUCGGCAGGCUAGGUUGUUUUCGGACGACGAGGAGGCGUGGAGGAGGAAGUUUGGCUGGUAUAAUUGAUUAAGCUGCUUAGGCUGUUAGAGAAAAGGGGGAAGAGAGAAGAGAGAAGAGAGAAGAGAGAAAGAGAGAGAUAUACGCAUAAUAGGGGUGGUGGUUAUAUUCUUUACGCUCCCUGAACUGAACACUUUAUUCAAUAUGAGCACUUGCAGAAAUUUAUGCUUCCUCAUGCCGAUUUCGUGCUAUCCUAUCCUGUGAUAUCUAGUCGCGGACUAUGGGUAAAGAUAUCAAUAUCAUAAGAUUAUAAGUGAUCCAGUCGAUGAAACAAAAUACAGAAGUUACCCGAGUAAGAAUAUUAGAAUAUUAGAAUAUUAGGGGUUACCUUGAACCC